AUGACCAGACUCACCACCAAGGCCUCGGCGGCCCUCAGGACUACCACAAUGGUCCCCAAGUCAACCUCCCGCCUAACCCCCAGACUCACCAUGGCACCCUUUCAACACCAACCCCGAAGCAUCGCCGCCCAGUCAAUCGCUCCUCUCACCCACACCCGCUCCCUGCACCAAACUCCCUCCCGCCCUCUACCCGUCUCCGAGCCCUUCAAGCUCGACCGCACCAAGCGUCUUCCCGAGUUCUUCUCCCUCCAAGACAAAGUAAUCCUCAUCUCCGGCGGCGGCCGCGGCGUCGGCCUCACGCAAGCCGAAGCCGUCCUCGAAGCGGGCGCGCACGUGCACGUCGUUGACGUCCUCCCGGACCCCUCUACGGACCCCAACUCUCCCUUUUCCGCCGUCGCCAAGCGCGCCACCGAGGAGUUGGGUACCAACAUCACUUACCACAAAGUUGACGUGCGCGACCAGCAGGCGCUUAACGACGUGGUGCAGGGUAUUGCGAAGAAAGAGGGACGGAUGGAUGGACUGAUUGCUGCGGCGGGAAUUCAACAGGAGACGCCGGCGCUGGAAUAUAGCAGGGAGGACGCGGAUAAGAUGAUGGGAGUUAAUGUCACGGGCGUGUUCAUGACGGCGCAGGCGGUGGCGAGGGUGAUGGUUGAGAAUGGGUGGACGGGGAGUAUGGUGUUGAUUGGGAGUAUGAGUGGGACGGUGGCUAAUCGGGGGUUGAUUUGCCCCGCCUAUAAUGCCUCCAAAGCCGCUGUCCUCCAACUCGGCCGCAACCUCGCCGCCGAAUGGGGCGAGCACGGCAUCCGCGUCAACACGCUUUCGCCAGGCUACAUCGUGACCGCCAUGACGGCCGGCCUCUUCGAAGCGUUUCCCGAGCGCAGAACUGCUUGGCCCGAUGCGAAUAUGCUCAAGAGACUGAGCUACCCCGAGGAGUAUCGUGGCGCGGCCAUUUUCUUGCUCAGUGAUGCGAGCAGCUUCAUGACGGGCGCGGAUUUGAGGAUUGAUGGGGGGCAUUGUGCUUGGUAA